UGGAAGUGAUGUUACUACUAGUGUUAGCCAUGAGAUCCUGAAAGAUAAAUGGAAAAAGGGAUAGAAAUAAAUGAGUAAAGAAAGGCAAGAUAUAUAGAAUGAAAGAAAACUAAGCCAAGAUUCCAAGUUUUUCAAACAACACCCUUCCAUACGAAAUCAAUGACAAUAAUGGCGAUCAUCUACAAAGCUGUCAAUCAAGCUCGCUCUGCAAAGCACUCUGGGAUAUUUAAAAAACAGGCCACAAGAUCUGUCUGGUUGGUCAAUAUAGGGUUGGUUGGAUCGCCACUUUUUCCAAGGAAUUCCUCUUGGUGUAAAAUGGAUGUAGAAUUCAAGUACCUUCGUGUCUUCAACUGAAACUAACGAGUUCAGCGACAACCCUAGCGUUAAUAACCUUGACUAAUAUGCAAGAUUAAGAAGAGACGACGGUAAUGAAAUCACUUUUAAAGACACAUCAUUGAGGGAGAACUCUCUCCACCAUUGGUACAAAUUAUUCUGGAUUAGUCUCAGACGAUCUUUGGAUACCGAGUCAGCUACCCCCACAGAAAAGAAAGGGGAAAAACUACUCUGAGUUGGAAAUAAUGCGAGGUUUAAAAAUGUUUGUCUUCGAACGGUAGUCGUCCAUCGUCCUUGACUGACAAUGAAUUCCUCUCUAGGAAAGACCGUCAUGUCUAACAAAAGUCAGAACAGUUCCAUUGAUCUUUCUUAUCAAGCAAAUCUAACCACUACGUUGGUAUCUUCAACUUUUCUCAUUCUUAUCAUGAUAAUGGCGCUGGUCGGCAACCUCUUUGUCCUCUACGCGUUCAAGAUAUUUCACAAACUGCGUACGGUCACAAAUUUCUUUAUUGUAUCUUUAGCUAUCGCGGAUAUACUUGUAGCUUUGAUGUCCAUGCCAGUUUGGGCAACAUAUCUCAUAAAAGGUCCUUCAGCAAUCAAAUAUCUUUGGCUUCAACAGUUCUGGAGUUUCAUGGAUAUCCUCUGUGGUGGGGCAUCUAUUAUUCAUCUUUGUUUUAUCAGCCUCGAGAGAUGUAUUUGCAUAUCGACCCCAUUCAAACACCAGGUUAUCGUCACUACUGGGAAAGUCCAGAUAUCUAUCGCAUGUAUUUGGAUGUUUUCUUGUUCAGUAGCGAGUUUGAAGAUAAUUCUUUGGGAGUAUCCACCGCCAAUAUACGAGUUAACAGUAACGAUCUCUUGUUUUGUCAUUCCCCUCAUAAUUAUGACUAUAUGCUACGUUAAAAUCUUCCAGAAUGCGAGACAUCAGAUUAAAAAGAUGAUCUUCACCGUGGAAGGCAAGCCCAAACGUUUCCUUCUAUCGCGUGAGCUCAAGGCUGCAAAGACCGUGGGGGUGGUAAUCGGGGCAUUUGUCAUAUGCUGGUGUCCUUUCUUUGUGUUGAACUUGGUGUAUGGUUUGUGCAAAAGCUGCCGACCUCUACCUAAUGAGUCUAUAUUGGUAGGCAAAUGGAUGCAUUACGUCAAUAGUGUGUUAAAUCCGAUUAUCUACACUUGCAUGAACAAGGAUUUCAGAAGUGCAUUCAAGAAAUUGUUUUUGUACAUCUGCGCAUGCGUGAUGGGUAAAGAAUACCACGAUCUCUUGACCGAACAACGAUCGUUUUACAGCGAGCGAGCCUCAUUUCGCAACCAUUCUUGUCGAAGUGGUGCAUCAGUUGCAAAGAUGGAUGAUCAUAACAGUUCGCAGAGAUCUGCAGCUGAAUCAUACGUUUUGCAUUCCAACUAUAGCACUAUAGACAGACAAAGUUUUAUGUGAUAGAGGACUCGACACAGGUACCCCAGUUUGUCUCAAAACUAAUUUAGUAGCAUAAGUCUCUUCCUCCACUGAAAACCGCAGACCAAAAGGCAAGCCAGGAUUGGGGUAACUGUGGUGAAAAUAAAUAUACAAGUUGAUUGGAUUUAUUUACGAGCAGUAAUUAAAAUUAGUCGCGUUAAAAAAUACCAUUGACUGGUAAUUGAAAUUCACAAAGCCCAUGCACGUGAGUGGUCACGUGAGCAGAUGCUCAUAUAUUGAGUAGCGCAGCGCAGUCGUGACGUCAUAAAAACGAAGACAAAAAAGCGAAAUUCGGACAAACAAACUUACAAGUUUACUUUCCGCAGAUAAU